CGUUUAUUGUAUUGCUUCCCCUUAGGAGAAGAUACCGCAAAUGAGGUCAUAAACAUCCACGAUGAUUCUCCGUCGGACCCAGCAGAACCAAUCGCCGGACCGUCUACACUGGUUUCAGUGACGGCACCACCUACUGUGCCUACAGCAGAAUCGGUAGCACCUGCGCAGGCUGGCCAGUCGAUAACGAUUGCAGAAGAAGCCCAAGCAUCACCGACGGUAGAUGAGAAUAUAUUUACAUUAGAUCCAGAUAUUCUACAACUACUAGGCGAGGACCCUACCAAUCAAAAAAAUUAUGGAGAUAGUCUUCAUAAAGACAUUGCGUCAAGGUGGACGCAUAUAUUAGUCAACGGGUUAUCUAAGGAAACACAAAUGGAGCUAAUGAAAUGCUACUUACCACCAGAAAAUUGUCCCAACAUGAAAGCUCCUAAAUUAAAUUUAGAAAUCAAGGCAGCUCUGUCAGAUGUUAAUAUUAAGAAAGAUCUAUACAGUCAAAGCAAACAAAAUCAACUUGCUAAUAGUCUUGCAGCUAUAGGACGAGCUUUGAAUUGGGCCUUGUCAUCUAAUAAUACAGUACCUCAGGAUAUUAUUAAAUCCCUCAGCGAUGCCGGUCGGCUCGUAUGUGAUAGCCAUUAUAAAGAGUCGCUAUCUCGGCGUUAUGCAGCGCUUAGUACUCUCAAUAGAAGCAUUAAAGAUACCGUCAAAAAUACAAACAUCGAUGAGCAUCUGUUUGGAUCUGCAUUAUCAGAACAUAUUAAGACCUCGAAAGCCAUAAACAAGACUGGUUCUGAAAUUAAACAAAAAAUUCAGCGUCCUCAGUAUAGGACCCUGUCAGCAACACAAACUAGGGGUGCUUUAAACUCGAGGGGGGCGCCGCCGCACGUAGCAGCAGCGGUCCAGCCGCGGCCGACCCCAGCACCGCGUCGACCACCGAGGGACCGCCGACAGGAGGCGCCGCGAGUCCGCCGCCCCACCAGCAACGCGCGGCACCAGACGCGGAGACGAUAGACGAAGAGGACGUCAGACAGGUACCUGUUGCAGGCCGCUUAUCAUAUUUUUAUGAUAAAUGGCAUGACAUUACUAAAGAUCAGAUCAUUUUGAGUUGGAUUCAGGGGUAUAAAAUACCCUUCAUUGUA